AUGGCGACGGUUGGGAUCGUCGAGGUCCUAUCAACUACGCCCAUAUAUGUGGAAACCACUACCCCGUUUGUCGCCACAGAAGAUCCGGUACUAAUUUUAUAGUUUUUUGAAAAUUCCUAAGCCUAAAUUUCACAAUAGUCUCUCCAUAUACACAUUUCUUUAUUAUAAAAAAAAUUUCUUUCAAUUAAGCUUAAAUAAAUCAUUUUUAUUACAGGGAAAACUCAGUCUAGUCAUAAAUGACUCAUUGACAAACCUGGAUUUGGAUUCUGGAGAAUAUGUUCCAAUAAUCGUCGCCGCUCUAUGUUUCGCCGUGUUAAUUGCCACUGGAAUCAUCGCCGUCAGCCUUUUUGUGCUCGUUUUUGAUCCGAGGACGGAGGAAAUUUCAAGAAGUUCUGAAAAUAUAAAUAGAAAUAGAAGAAAAAAAGAGUUAGAAAAGAAAGUUUGAAAAAAACUAAAAAGUUGAACAAAUUAAAAAUUAAAAAAACGCGCUUUUCUGCAAGUGCGUCGGCGUGUCUGCGGAGUUGAGUACCGUAUGACCUUUUUUUCUUCAAAAAAAUAAUUUUUUUCAAAGUUAUUUUUUUCAAAAAUUUUUUUAGCUUAUUACUAGCUUACAUUUAGAUAGGAUUUUUGAGUAGCAAAUAAUUUUUUCUCAUCAAAUUCAUUGAAAAAAAAUUUUUUUAUCAGUAUUUAUUGAAGAAAAACGACUCAAAACCUAAAAAAAAAGUCUAGACACAUAUUUUUGGACCAACAUCACCAGCGAAAGCACGGUUGAGCAAACAGUGAAGAACUGGAAACGAAAACAUAAAUUGCAAAAAGAAACUGCCCACAGACGGGAUCGAACCGUCGACCUUCUGUUUACGAGACAGACGCUCUACCACUGAGCUAUACGGGCUGGUGUCCCAACCACACUAGGAAUGUGUUAGCUUUCCAAAAUCUCAAAUAAAACAUAUCUCAUCUGUUCAAACAUGCAAGUGGAUGACAAGUUUUUAAAGAACGGAUUAACGCAUCGCAGCCUCUAUAGCUCAGUGGCAGAGCGUCUGUCUCGUAAACAGAAGGUCGACGGUUCAAUCCCGUCUGGAGGCAUUUUUUUGCCUUUUUUCAAUUUCUGAUUUCAGUUCCCGUUUUUCGCGAUCGUCUACCAUUUGACCGUCGCCAACGCGAUUCAUAUGCUGAUUCUGGUCUCCACAGUGCUACCAAUCAUGCUAAUCGAGGUUCGUUCUUUCGUUCGAUCUCUGCUUUUGCAAAAAGCUAAAGUCGCGCAGAAAUCUAAUCGUCACGGCGCGUUUUUCGAUCUGCAGAGGGCUUAAUUGAGUAUAUUUUUCAAAGAAAAACAGAUGAUUUCUGGUGUUUUUAGAUGAUUUACGGCUCAGACUCUAGCGAGUAGUACAAUUUGUAACUUAAUUUGUUGAUUUUAUUCUUUAUUCCUGAAAAAGGUGUAGGAGGUGUAAAUAAGUACGAAACGGCACGAGGUGAUUCAAAGUUUCAAAGUGCUUUAAUUAGUUUUGAAAUUGUUUACGAUUGGAUGAGGAUCAGAAAACAAAUUGACAAAAAGGUUCUGUCCUGAAGAGGAUUCGAACCUGUGACCUUUUUGGUAUCGUUUUUAGGAUUGCUAUUCGAGUUAUGUAGUUGAAAAAUCAUCUCUGACCAUGAACAAAAUAAAUGCAGUCGCUUAUUAAAAAUAAGUUCUGAGAAAAGAAUCGUAGCCGAGUGGUAAAGUUCCCUCUUGGCAAUAAAAAGGUCGUUGGCUCGAAUCCAACGUGCGUUUUUACACUUUUUUGAAAGCUAUGAAGUUAAAAAAACAUUUUUUUUUCAAUUUUUGCCAGUACUUGCGUUUUAUGUCCAAUAGUCAUAAGGUAGAGUGUUAUCCUAGCGGUCAAAGAGUUCCUGGUUCGACCCCCGGGUGCGUUUUUUUGCCAUUUUUCUUUCAGUUUCUUGAUCUGCCAGCUUUGAAAUUGUCUCAAAAGUUUUUUUUUUUCAAAUUUUUCCAAACUUAUUUUUGAUUCUCUCUUCAGGUAGAGUGUUUGAUUGGUAAUCAAAAGGUCAUUGGUUCGAUUCUUACCUCCUUUUUUGCCAUUUCAUCAAUCUUCCCCUAUUUUCAGGCAUCAGAAGACACGCCUCAGCGAACCUGGUAUCAAUGGGGCUCCAGAAUAUUGAUGGUCACCGAAUAUGGAUCUUUAUAUUUCACACUUUUGAUGACAAUCAAUCGAUUUGCGGUUUUCGUUUGGCCCAGUUUACUUUUAAUUUUUAGCAAGUUCGUCUCCAUUUUUUUUCUUUUUUCAAUGAAAAUUUCCAGAAAAGGAAUCCAUCUAAUGGCGGCUUUUGUAUGGGCCUAUGUGAUCUUCAUUGUUUAUUGGAACGUAAAUUGGGGAACAGUAAAGUCGUUUUCGAAGAAGAAAAUCGCCGUCAAUGAGGUCUUGCUGGGAACUAAUGAAUUGACCAGUGUAAGCUUUUUCAAAAACUGUUUAAAAUAGAAAAUCUACCACUAAGCUAUAAAAAAGGCAAGUAUUCUCUGUCUUUGUUUGAGCAGAUGCGCUCACCAUAGAAACGCGCGGAAUGAGGAGGAACCUGACUCAAUUUGAACUGGUUGCCUGCCGCCAGCCCGUAUAGCUCAGUGGUAGAGCGUCUGUCUCGUAAACAGAAGGUCGACGGUUCGAUCCCGUCUGUGGGCAGUUUCUUUUUGCAACUUAUGUUUUUGUUUUCAGUUCUUCACAGUGUGCUCAACGGUGCUUCCGCUGGUGAUGCUGGUCAUGUACGGCAUUAUUUUCGUGUUUAUCAUCAAGAAACGGAUGAUUGUUAGCAGUGAUAAGAAGACAGAACGGGAUAAGUCCCUGCUUUGGCAGGCGCUGAUAGUCACUCUUUCUUUAGAGGUAAUUUUUAUAUUCUUCGAAGUUUUUUUUUUGAUUUUAUGCAUAAAGAAUGAUUUCGAAUAACCAUGAUUUUCAUUACAAAUUUAGCUGAUGAAUAUCACCGAUAUGGUCACACCAUUCUUGAAGUUCGGCACGACUUGGGUUCAAUGGACAUGGACCAUCGUUAUUUAUUCGUGAGUUUCUUAUUAUUUUGAAAGGGUGGAGCAUAAAAAUGACGUCAUAAGGGUAUAUGCGCUCUCCUAGAAGCUUUUUAGAGCAUAUCUUGCAUUAUUUUGAAAAAUAAGUUUUAAAAAAAUUGUUAUUAUUCGCUCCUCUCAUGACGUCAUAGUUCGUUUCUGCAUGAAUUCCAACAAGCCACGCCCAUUUUUGAUAUGACGUCACUAUUUGAAACUUCAAUGACUUAUUUUUUUACAGUUUUCUCGUAUAAACUAACGUCAAAAAAACACUAAAAAUGAAUACUCGGUUUUUUUCUGAAAUGACGUCAUUUCAAAGCUUAAAAAUAUCUUAUUCUCCGAUGACGUCAUGAUCAUUCAUUUUAAUCUUACAAAUUCCAGAAUAUCGAUCCUAAAUCAACUGGUCAACCCAGUGAUGUUCCUGCUGACGAACAAGAUGGUUCGCGGGAUUCUGUGGCACAUGUUCGACAAGAACUUCUCCAAGUUCCUGUCAGAAUCGUCGGAAGGGAGGACGCGUCGAGGCGCCGGACCAGCCGCGGUUCGACGCCAUCGCCCAAUCCUCGGCUCUUUUUUCCGCGGCAUUCAGCGCCAAUAUUUUGGUCGUCUGCUUGGCACUGCUCCUAACACUUUGAAUCCGAACGCCAGGGAUACUAUUGUAACGUUUUGA